AUGAUAUUACUUUCACUAUUUUCUCCCCAUUGGUGGCUACUAGGUCUUUCAAUACUGAGCUUAUCUUCUUCGUCGUCAAGUUCGAGUGAUAAUAGUGGAACUGACAAUAAGAAUGAUGGAUUACUACUUAUUGACAAAUAUCUGAAACCCUUUGAUUUGGAGCUCCACAACUUUCCAGACACUGGAAGAGGAAUUCGAACACUAGUAGAUCGGUCACCGGGAGAUAUACUGCUACAAGUUCCAGUCGAGGAUACGAUCAUCGCUGACAUUAACAAUGUCACUAAAACUUCUCGAAAUGAAUACUACAACUCACUUUCACAAGAGCAACAACUCGCCUUGACCGUGCUUUAUCAUUUACGAUCAGGAGGAGAUGACCAGCGGGAUGACAAUCAUCGUCACCCAUAUGUCUCCACAAUACUUCCCAAAGAGCAUUAUGCCAUUUGGAAUUUGCCCGAAUCCAUAUGGGACGACCUAGAACUCCCACGAUGCUAUCGAGAAACCUUGUUGGCGACCCGUCAAAUGGUGCAAGCCUUUGCGUAUUCAUCGUUGGCGAAAGAUGGUGGCGGCAGUGGCAGCUAUGAUGAUAGGGUUUGGGCAUUUUCCAUGGUGCGAUCCCGAUCCAUUGCGGUACCUGAACUCGAACCAUCAACAAUGAAUACAAAUCAGGAGCAGCAGGAUGAGUCAUCCACAGUUCCGAUUGCCUUGAUUCCAGGAUUGGAUCUAUUCAAUCAUCAAUUGAACGCCGGCACGCUUUUACAACAACAGCAACAGAAACAAAAUUCAAACGAUGAUGGUGACACCACCACCAUCAAUACCUGGACAUUGACGUCGGCCAAGUCAUAUUCUGCUGGAGAUCAAAUACAUCUUUCGUAUGGGGACGAAAAGGACAACUGGAAGCUGUUAUUGACCUAUGGCUUUUGUUUGCCAAAGGGCAAGGUUGAUCCAAUCAUCUUUUGGACGUGGCAGGAUCUAUUGGAAGCGGCGGGUGCAGUCCGACCAGAAAUCUUUCCGGUUCGGGUCCAACAAUCACUCGUGCAACAUCCGCAAUUGUACGAGACCUACACUGUCCUUAGUGAACAACGUGCCACAUUUUCUUACAAUGGAAAGACAAAAGAACCAAGAGAAUCUUUGGUGACUGGACUGCAAAUGAUGGAAAACUUGGCGGUUCAGCUAGUUGGAGAACAGCCACGCGAAAAUGAAUCAUUGGGAAACGACAUUCUGAAGCAUCUUUUGGAGAAUCGAAGAAGCGAAUUGAAAACAUCCAUAGAGUCGGUUCGAUCGGCAUUGCUACAAAUAAAAGAAGAAUCGUCAUCAUCAUCAUCAUCAUCGAAAGGGUCGCCAGCAACGAACAAUAAGGAAUGGUUGCCAUUCCUUUCAUCGCUGAAGCUUGUGUUGGAAGAAGAAUCCAAAUGCAUAAAAUGA